CUGUGUUUCUGUCGUGACGUCACUUGUAAAAAAAAAAGACGUUUCCGCGUGCUCGGACGUGCGUCACACUUUUAUCUGUGGCCUAAUAAUUGAUCCAAUUACUCAUUUACUUAAUGUUUGAAUCACCGUGUGCUGCGUGAACCAAUAGCAGCGGCGGAUCUGAUCAGCUUCACUUGAACAUUGACCUCCUUUCUGAGUGUUUCACAAUGUUCAUGCUGUCAGCAGCGGAGCUGUGCAGGAUCCUCCCGGCUGAAACAAGGAAGCAGAAGGAGGGAGACUCUCUGGUUUUCUCGCUGCAGAAGGUGAAACAGUUUCAUCCGAGCCAAGAAUGAAGAGAGCUCUGUCAUUUGUGAUCACUGUGUAUGUGUCAGUGCCCGUCCUUCUCUACCUGUUCCCCUGGAUACUGGGACACGCCAUAUAUGCUCACCUGGUGAGGUUGCCAUUCUUCGUGGAUCUCGACCGGCCCGAGCACCUGCUGAACCACACAUGUAACUUCUACCUCAGCCCGGAGGAGGGCGUCUCAGUGGGCGUCUGGCAUACGCUCCCUGCCAGCCAAUGGGAGGAGGCCGCAGGGAAAAGCCCUGAGUGGUACCGGGAGACUCUUAGAGACGGCCGUCCUGUUAUUAUCUAUCUCCAUGGCAACACAGGGACCAGGGCCAUGAGUCACAGAGUGAAGCUGGUGAAGGUUUUGAGUGCGGCGGGAUACCAUGUCCUGUCUUUAGACUACAGAGGUUUUGGAGACUCAACCGGGGAGCCGACUGAAGCUGGACUGACCAGCGACACGCUCUUUCUGUACCAGUGGGCCAAGAACCAGAGCGGAGGAGGAUUUGUCUGUCUGUGGGGACACUCGCUCGGCACCGGGGUGGCGACCAACACUGCACUGAAAGUACAAGAGCAAGGGUCUGUCGUUGAUGCUGUAAUCCUCGAAGCUCCGUACACAAGAAUUGGAGAAGUUGCAGCCAACCAUCCGCUGGCUAAGAUGUACAGGUUCUUUCCAGGAUUUGAGAGCUUGUUUUUUCACAUAAUGGAGCUGAACAACAUUGUAUUCGCUAACGAUGAAAAUUUAAAGGCGCUGACCAGUCCGCUUCUGAUUCUGCAUGCGGAGGAUGACAGAAUUGUCCCGUAUCACAUGGGCCUGAAGCUGCACCAGAUUUCACUCGAGGCUAAGAAGAAAUCCAACACAGAUGUUCAGGUCCAAAUGGUCUCCUACAGUGCAAAACUUGGAUACAACCACAACAGCAUCCAUCUAGACCCCGAUCUGAUGAACGUGAUCGGUCAGGCGAGGUUUCGUAGUCGACAAAACACGUGUGGUGUCACGAUGAGAGCAGAGAAGAUCGAAGAUUGAAGAUGAAGAUUUAUUCAGAUAGAUGGCAACACGAGGAACAGGAGAACACAACAGGUGACUCUGGACGUAAAUAC